AUGCGAUUCCACACUGGAGGGUGUCGAGCAAACCAAGUCCUUCGAUCACUCAUAUCAUCCAUUUCCUCAGAGGAGACGGAUAAGGAAGAGGACAGCAAACCCGACCCUUCUAAACCCACAUAUCGAUUCAACGUUACCUGCACAAUCAUUCAGCAAGGCUUCUCAAGCAAGGAGGGCUCCACUAAUGUUGAAGCUCGAGGACGACGAGGCAUGCACUGUGCAUCAGGCGCAUACUGGGAUACCAAGCAUGAUGGCAUGUGGACGUAUAAACAUCCUGUGGCCGAGGAGAAGGGGAUGGACCUAGUGUUGAACAUUGUCUGGUUUGGCUCUCUGAGAUGA